CCUGGAAAUAAAUGCGCGAAAAAUGGUUUAAGUCAAACACAGUUAUCAACAAAGAUACAAAGGUAAACAAAGAUCAAUUUCAUCAACUCUCCAUUUCCAAAAACCAAUCUUCCACACCAAAAUCAAACAACAACAACAACAAACAAUGGGGUGGUUAUCCAGAUUUGUUGUAGCACUAUCAUUCUUAGCAAUCGGAAUCAUCUUCUCCCCUGAAACCUUCAAAUCAGACGGCCCAGAUUCCUCCACUCUCUCCACCGUCCUUAAACUCUCCCACCUCCUUUGCUUCUCCACCGCAUGGGGCGCCGCCUUGUGGGCCACCUUCAUCGGCGGCAUCAUCAUGUUCAAGAAUUUGCCAAGGCAUCAAUUUGGGAAUCUGCAGAGUAAGAUGUUCCCGGCGUAUUUUACUUUGGUGGGUGUUUGUUGCGCGGUUUCGACGGCGUCGUUUGGGUAUUUACAUCCUUGGAAAUCAUCGUCUUCUACUGAGAAGUAUCAGUUAGGGUUUCUGGGUUUUGCGUUUCUGUUCAAUCUCUCCAAUUUGCUGGUCUUCACUCCUAUGACCAUCAAGAUGAUGAAGCAAAGACACAAGGUAGAACGAGAGAACAACAUCGGGGAAGAAGUGGGGUGGACAAAGAACAAAGAAAUCGCAAAGAAAAACCCACAACUUGCAGCGAUGAACAAGAAGUUCGGUAUGAUCCAUGGCUUGUCUUCUCUCGCUAACAUCUUUUCAUUUGGAUGCCUCGCCAUGCAUUCGUGGUAUUUAGCCGGUAAACUCAACCUAUGAUCAGAUCAUGCCAUAUUCCCGUUACGCCUGUUAACCAAACUCAGUUGGAACAGGGGAAGAUUAAAGUUUACACAGGAGUUGUUUUUGUUGUUAAGCUUUGUACUUGUUCAAUAAAGAUAGAAAUUAUUCAAGCUGUUCCAGUGUUUCCAAAUUCCAACUAUGUAAUUAACUAGUAGUAAUUCUUAUGGUGUUGGAUUCUGAAACUGCCAUACCUUCUGAAGAAUUCAUGGUAAUUUAUACGAAGUAUAUGCUGAGAACAGUAAAUCUAUGAUUUACCAGUUCUUUGAUA